GUGCAUUCCUUGUAUACACAACAGAUUCUGCAAUGAGUGUGUCAUCGUCAUGAGAGGAGAAAAACGGGGGGAUCUUCCCAUGCUUCGUUUCACCCUGACCCGAACGCACGGCAGCUCGAGGAUGCUCGUUCGUUUAUUAGCCUCGUGAGCAUGCUGUGUGUAUGAUGGAGAUCUACAUAUAUAACGAGGAUCUAAAUCCGAGGACUAAUACUCACUUGAAUGCCCCUGCGGUCAGCCUCGCUGCCCGAGACGCUGGCUGUGAUUCUCAAUGACGAAAACACCGAGGUGCUCAUCGUCACAGGUAGGUUGGUGAUGAUGGAUGGUCGGCGCAUGACAAAGCCUUUUUGAUCUGAGGAAUGCACCGAUGUUGUAGGUGCCGGCCUCUCCAAAGCAUCUGGGGUGCCUCUAUACCGCUCAGAGAGCGGACAAGCUGACCCCUUUUAUGUAUGUAUGAUAAUGUAUGAAUGCAUACACUUCAGUGUCAGCGGUGUGCACAUGUGCACAGACAGGAGAACUAAUUCACUCAAUCGUGCCUGUGUGUUUGUUCGUGGGUUACAUGCAUUACAGGAACGAUGCGGGAGGCGUCAGGCAUUCCUCGCUGACCCUGAGGCCGCAUGGGGGCACUGGCGGCACAUCCACGACACACCAGCCUGGCGAAACGCACAGCCAAACGUAGGGCACUUUGCGCUUAGCGUUUUGGCGGAACACGGUAACGGCAGGAUCAAAAUCAUCACCCAAGUGAGCAAGUUGGUGACGGGGAGAAAGGUGACGGGGAGGAAGUCUGAAUGGCAUUCGAUGGGUGUGUCUUUCCUUCAAUGUUUGUUCAAUUUUGAUAUUCAUCCAUGCAGAACGUCGAUGGCCUGCUGGUGCAGGCGGGAUGUCCCUCUGACCACGUCAUUGAGAUCCAUGGCCGCCUCGGAGCCUUUCGGUGCAGCAAUACGACCUGCCAUCGGUCCACACGAGACCCUAUCGUCGAUACCCAGCACAGGUCGUGCCCCGAUUGUGGCACAGAGGCCCUGCUGCCCCUGGUGCUGCUGUUCGACGAGUCACUGGGGUUCCAUCAAGAAGACGAGUGUCAUAAAGCCUUCCAGGCGCACAAAGCACAAGUCAGUAAGUCAGCGAAUGGAUUGAUGAAUGGACGGGUGCAUGGAUGAUGGCGUUGUGUUGCCUCUUUUUCCCUUCAUCCCUCUUUUUUUCAGGAGUGGAUGCGUUGGGCUGACGUGCUCUUGCUGGUGGGUACGUCAUGCAGCACACAGGCCACAGACCGAGCGCUCGAGCUGGCUUCAAAGCGCCAUGUGCCCAUCUGGAUCAUCAACCCGGCGUCCGUACAGCCGCUCGAGUACAACACGUACGGCCCCCCUGGCUGCAGGCCGUCCACAGAGGAGGUGGACGGGCGGUGCGUGCGGCACAUCCGAGAGCGUGUGGAGGACAUCGCCAUGCGGCUGCUGCCAAACGAUGACCUCAGGGCACACGUCAACGCAAGAAUGGCUGCAUGAUGCAGGGCAGAAGCAGCAACAAGGGGCGCAAGGAAGCGAUCGGGGGAGUGGAUGCUUAGAGUGAGAGAGUGGCUGGACGAUGGCCAUGGGGGUACAUGUAGGGAGGUGUACAUAUAGACAGAGUGGUUGCUUGCAUUUGGAGGAAAAAGGCGAUGAGAUAUGCAGUGCAAUCGCC